AUGGGCUCCACCGCCUCGCAAACACCCUCGGGAACAGGAUUCCCCGUCGAUCCUACCGGCGCGUACGGCCUCGCCACGUUUGGCGCGGGGUGCUUCUGGGGCGUUGAGAAAAGUUUCAAAAAGAAGUUUGGCGGGGAUGUGGAUUUGUUGGUUGGGUAUGCUGGAGGCGCCGCGGAACAACCAACGUACAGGCAGGUAUGCUCCGGCUCAACGGGCCAUGCUGAAGCCCUCCAAGUGAAGUACGAUACCAAGAAGAUCACCUACGAGAAUCUGCUAGACUUUUUCUUCCGCAUGCACGACCCAACCACCAAAAACCGCCAAGGCGGCGACACCGGCACCCAAUACCGCUCCACCAUCCUCUACCACACCCCCGAACAACAACGUCUCGCAAAGGACUUCCUCGCAAACAUCCAGCAUCAUUUUGGUAAACACACUGUCGUGACGACCCUCGAGCCUGUGGGGACCUUUUGGAAUGCCGAGGAUUACCACCAGGAUUAUUUGACGGGUAACCCGCAUGGGUAUGAGUGUCCGACGCAUUUUGAGAGGAGUUGGGAGAGGAUACAUGAGAUCUAUGGGGGGCAGUAG